AUUUGUCUGUCUGGAUACGGACAGAGAGCGUGAGAGCUUGACGGGGCCCAAUCAGCGCUUUUGUAUUGCCUGCCAGUGCCGGGGACUGACUGGUUGUGAGGAUUUACUGCAGCGCCCCAGGAUCCCAAAACCAAAUCCGAAGCGAGUGGAACCUGCUGGGUGAAGGCGAGUCAGUCCAGUAUGGAGCGACUGAAUGAGGAGGCGGUGCGGCUGAGCCUGCUGAAGCGAGGCUUGGACUCCUCCUCGCCUGCAGGCAGUGCCACUAGCAGUGAGCGAGACGAGCUGCUCUCCAAACGCAUCAAGAUGGAGGGCCACCAGGCCAUGGAGCGCCUCAAGAUGCUGGCCUAUCUGAAACGCAAAGACCUCGCCGGCAUGGAGGGGGGAGGGUUGGGAGGGGUCUCAGGAGGCGGGGGUGGUGAGGUCAAGGGUCAUGGGUCUUCAGGGGGAGGGGCCUAUGAGGAGAAGACCAAUGGGAGCCUCCGUGGUCAAGUUGUGGGAGCCCAUGGCAUGGUGGGAAAGAGCGGGAAGGAGAACAUGGGCGAGGAGCCGGUGGAUUUCAGCGCCCGGAGAGGUGACGUGGACAGGGAGCGACACACACCCUCCCCUGAUGUGAUUGUCCUGUCAGACAAUGAGGCGUCCAGUCCAAGAGGGCCCAGCCAAGGGGAGGAACGCCUGAGGGCAGCGAACCUGGAGAUGUAUGAGGGUAAGACAGGGGAGGAGAGGCAGAAGAUGAUCAGGGCUCUGAGAGAGGAGCUGAGGCUGGAGGAGGCCAGGCUGGUGCUGCUGAAGAAGCUGAGGCAGAGCCAGAUGCAGAAGGAGAACCUGGUGCAGAAGGUCCCUGUGGUCCAGAACACAGCGUCUGCCCUCCAGAGUGGUGCCAUCCACGGUGCUCAGAGCAUGAGCAAGAUGUCUGGCCGCCCUGGCCACCACACCCCAGAGCCCCAGAACCAUCGCACUUCACAGGUGGGCUACAGCACUACACAGGGUCACUCAGUGAUCAGGUCAGCCACCAACAGCUCCAUGUCUCAGAUGAUGAUGUCACAGAGCAGGGUGAUAGCGCCCAACCCUGCCCAGCUGCAGGGCCAGAGGCUGACACAGCAGAAGCAGGGUGGCAUGCGCUCCUCAACUGGCAGCUCUAACAACGCCGUUAGCUACCAGCAGUCUUCCACCCAGCAGGUGGCAGCUUCUCUGCGCUCUGGCUCCUCCUCCUCCUCGGCCAUCUACAUGAACCUGACCCACAUGCAGGCGGCCGGAGCCGCGGGAGGGGUCAGUGGGGUGUCGGGGGUGGGUGCGGUCAGCCCCUCAGCCACACACAGCCCAGGGGGGACAUCGGUGGGCUCCUCCAUGGCAGACACAGCCAGCAGCCAGGCGGCCGCCAAGCUGGCCCUGAGGAAGCAGCUGGAGAAAACCCUGCUGGAGAUCCCGCCUCCCAAGCCGCCGGCGCCACUCCUCCACUUCCUGCCGUCAGCGGCCAACAGCGAGUUUAUCUACAUGGUGGGCCUGGAGGAGGUUGUGCAGAGUGUCAUUGACAGUCAGGGUAAACUGCGUUUGCCCUCCUCCAUGGAGCCCUUCUCGUGUGCCCAGUGCAAGACGGACUUCACCCCUCACUGGAAGCAGGAGAAGGGUGGGCGCAUACUCUGCGAGACCUGUAUGUCGUCCAAUCAGAAGAAGGCACUGAAGGCCGAGCACACCAAUAGGCUGAAGAACGCCUUCGUCAAGGCUCUACAGCAGGAGCAGGAGAUUGAGCAGAGAAUCCAGUUGCAAGCCGCUCUUGCCACCAGUUCAGCUCAAACUGUUCCAAGCGUCAGUAAGGCUGAGUCUAUGAGCAGACAUCACACACACAGACAGGCGCCUCAGCCCCAGGUGACCCAGUCCCAGGCCUCCCUCCAACGGGGUCUGUCCGGCUCGGCCCGAGGCGUCCUGUCCAACUUUGCCCAGGCCUCCCAGCUCUCGGUGGCCAGCAGCCUGCUGGGCAUGACUGGAAAGCGCAGUGGACAGCAGGGCACUAGUGGGCACAGCCGGGCACAGCAACAGCAGCAGCAGCAGCAACAGCAGCAACAGCAUCACGACAACCGCCGCCAGCUCUACAGCAUCCCUGGGGUGAACAUCGCCUACCUGAACCCAAGCAACGUGGGCGGCCACAAGGGGUCCAGCAUGGCUGACCGCCAAAGGGAGUACCUGCUGGACAUGAUCCCGCCUCGCUCCAUAUCCCAGUCCAUCAGCGGACAGAAAUGAACCCCCCACCUCGACGCAAUACCACAACCCUACCCCACACCACACUCCAACCCACAUCGCAUGCAGUGCCUGUUAGUGUGCCUACCAAACUAACCUGUAUGAAGAACACAAUCAACAAGUCAAAAGAGGCCACCAAACUCUGAAAUGACUUUUCAUUUGAACGUGAUGCAAACCCUUUUUAAUUCCUUGUUAUUACUAUCGUCAUUAGUGCUAUGGAUGUUGUUACUACAUUGCCGCUACCAGCUAUGAGCGUGCCCAUCUUUGUGGAGAACCCCUGUCUUUAUAUGCUUGUGGCAGUGUCCCGAGUGUGGGGUGCCUUUUGGUUUGGAAUUUUGCGCUUGUUUUUGAAGCAAUAUUUUGUCUAGCUUGAGCUUUCCUUACCAGACUCAAGUCUUUGUUAUGUCUGGAAUUACCAAGCUAUCUUUUUGAGAACUACACCACUCUCCAAUCCCUGCUCUUUCCCUGAUUUCUGAUUUCAACCAUCACCCUGUUUUUCCACAUUUGGUUGUGAAAUGUUGGAAGAGAAAUGAUGCCAGACCGGCCAAACCUUUGUUUUAAAAAGGUGAUUGUGAUGGUUUAACUUUGACCUGAAUUUCUAAAGCCUUUGAGCUUGAGCUUUCUUCAAAGAUUUGUGGGGAUAAAAGAGGAUGUUUGAGACCCUGGAGUUGUCUGAAGCAAUGCUUCUCUAACUGUCUGUUGAAACAAGGGUGGAUACAUAUCUCACAGAGAGAGACAGCCCAACGCACCAUCUGGACUUGGAUUGGAUGCACCGCUGAAAAACGACUACUCCCAUUGGACAUGAAGGCAUAGAAACUGAACCUAUAGCACUGUAUCCUUUCACCUUUUCAUUUGCGGCAGCUGAGGAGUUAGUAUCCUAAAGCAUAUAUAAUUGAUGGGGUAUUGAUUGGAGAGAUCAUUUAGAGGGAUUUGAUUGGACGAGAGAUAAUGUGAACAUACUUAAUUGGCUGAGAGAUCAGGUGAAUAAAGUUUGUACUUAAUUGGAGAGGAUACAGGUAUUGGAUUGGGGAUCAUCACUAGACUCAAUAUUGAAGGGGUUUCCCAUAGGUUUGUACUUAUUUAGGAGUGGGAAUGGGGGGGAAGAGGCACGGGUUGAUCCCUCUCUCCCCUCUUUUCAUUUCUUAGCUAAUAGGAUUUGCUGUUAUUCACUCUACCCUGACAUACAAAGUUAUGGAUUCCGUUUAGAUAAAAUGUUCAGACUAUUUCAACUUUCUAAUGUCUACAUUAUUCCUCAUGAUGUCUGUGAGGCAUUUGAAAACUGAGAGUGGCUAGCUGGCUAUUAGCUUUAAGCCUGCUUUAAGCUAUUUAGAUGUUUGGUGUCUUCUGAAGUGUUUGCGUAUCUGAAAGGUACUUUACACAGGAGACAAUAAAUAAAUACAGUAUGACAAAUACAACUUGAAUAUUUACAUAAAUCAAACAGUUAUAUAGAAAGAGACAUUUACAGGAUUGACAUAAUGUGUUAUGGCAAUGCACAGGACUGUACAUGCAGAGCACUUAGCUACAGAGAGUAAGAAUAUUGUUUCUGUCCACCAGGAAUCCAGGGUGAAUUGAUUGAUUACUAUUGAAUUGAUUAUUGUUCCAUCUCAUGAUAAUUGUGGCUCUAUUUCAGCAAUGCAAGAUGUUGAAUUAUUUCAGGAUUACAUUUGGAAGUAACAAAUACUGGUGCACCCAUGUUAAAGCUGCAGGCAAUAUUAAUUCCAAUUUCAUUUUCUUCUUGCAAGCAGGAGUUGCCGGGUUAUUGACCCUUAUUCCCUGCAGUUUUACUCCUCGCCCUUUUUGAUAAACUUCAAAAGCAGGUGCAAUAUUUUGAGACACAGGGAAGAUGAUAAAGUUCAUUAUUUGUGCUGAAUGUUACUAUUUUAUCCAUUUAGUAUCCCCGACUACAGUUAGGUAGCAUUACUCCCAUAUACAGUAGUAUAAGCAUUAUUAUUAUUUUACCCAGAUGGAACAGAUGUUGUGUUGGCCGUGUUCAGUAAGCACCAAACUGGAGAAAAUGUUUUAAACAGAGGUAGUACUACCUGCACUUGUUCUAUAGGGGCAUUCAUUUCUGUUGUCUGUUUGAAAACCUUUCCUACUGUUUGUGCCUAAUGAACACGACCCAGGGUUUGCUGUAGUCUAAUAGCACAGAACACUCCACAGCUAGAUCACUGUUUGGGAUGGACGACAGUGACGCUUGGGUGAUAGUUAUCUUUGUCCUCUUUGUUGUAUGUAUGCGUUAUAGACUUACUUCAUCAUCAAUCUUUCUCUCUUUCUCGAACUAUGCCAGAUGCACCAUUGAACAUUUUUGUUUUGAAGAAAGUAAAGAAAAACACAGGAAAAAUAUCAUUUUCAAAUGUAAUUUUUGUAAGGUUUCAAACAUAUAAAAAACUACAUUUUGCUGACCUGUCAAUUCAAUUUCAUUUCUGACAAAAAAUAAAAAUGUAAAUGGGGAAAAAUAAAAAUCAAGAAAUAUAAUUAACUAAAGAAAUUGAAAAUGUCAGGUAAUAUUAUCUUGAACGGCUGUAAUAAUAAUGAUCUAUUUAUUGUACAUAUGCGUUCCUCCUUUGUGGAAUAAGACACAUUGAAUUCAAGGUGGGUAUACAUUGUACAGAAAAACUAACAAAAAGCCAUGGAUAUUGUGAAGCUUGUCAUUUUGUUGAAUGAUCACUGUGUAUUCCUGUUCCACAAAUGUGCAAAGAUGUGUGGGGUUUUUCUAUUUACUAUCAAAAGCAUUCUCAACUUUCUAUAUCUUGUUUUCUAGUACUUAGAGGCAGUAGGAUCAUCUUUUAUGGCGAGUUGUUUGAUCUAUCCCAGGACCACUUUGUCUAUACAUUGUAUGAAGUCCUCCGCUGUUAUUACAUGCUUUACUUUCAGCAGCAUUGAUGUUCAGUUAGCGAUUAGUUAAUAUUAUUAUCAUUAUUGUACACUUUAAAAAAUGUAUCCUCGUAAAAAAUAUUGUAAGGCUUGGCGUAGAUCAGACAACUGGGAUGGGACAUUUCAUUAUCUUUUUUUUUCUCCUAGUAUAUAUUUUCCAGAUAAAGACAGUGCAUGGUCCACAUAUAAGUAAGAAAGAGACUCAUGAGAUGAACUACCCGCUGUGUGUUUAAAAUACAGUCAUAAUGGAUAAGCUAUGUGCUAACCUAGCCAUGGUCAUUAAGCAAGUCUUCAAAUACACCUUUAAAAGAUGAAGGAGUACUAGAUGUUGUGUCAAACAGAGCUUGGAAUACUCUCAACAACACAACGCAAAUGGCUCAGAAUGGCUUGCAUCAUAUUCUGUCAAUAAAGUUUAAGCGAUGUUUUCAAGUA